AUGCUGAAAGCGAACCAUUCGGCAGAUGCGAUAAACAGUUUGGCUACCGAACUCAACAUGAUGAUCCAAACUGGACUACAUGUGAACAUUGUGUAUUUCUUGGGAGCUGUGACCAAAAACACAGUGAGAGGCCAGAUCAUGUUAAUUUUUGAAUACUGUCAGUUCGGGAGCGUAGAUAUUUUCUUACGUGACAACGCGCAACGGUUCGUUAGUUGUUGGGACACACUGCAGAACUAUGAACCACAAAUGACACAUGCAGAUCAAGCGGACAACACUGAUACUGGCGAGUGGCAGUUGAGGACUACAGAUCUUAUCAGUUGGGCCUCACAGGUGGCGAACGGUAUGGAGUAUCUUUCAUCCAAAAACAUUCUGCACGGUGAUCUUGCCGCCCGGAAUGUGCUCCUCUACUCUCUGCAGGUGGUCAAGAUAAGUGACUUUGGGCUAUCGCGAAAACUGGAACGAGGCAUAUACAUUAAAUCAAGCGAUAGUCCCCUCCCGUAUAAAUGGCUCGCUUUGGAGUGCUUCACAAAUCACACCUUCAGCGUAACGACUGACGUCUGGGCGUUUGGAGUGUUCUUAUGGGAGCUGUUUUCGCUUGGGGCAAUGCCUUAUCCAGGUGUAACAGAUGUUCACAGCAACAGGGAGCUGUACGACCUAAUGCUGUCGUGUUGGUACGUCGCUCCAGAUCGUAGACCAGAUUUUAGGGAAUUGGCCUCGGUCUUUAACGCAAUGCUGCCCGUGGAGAUGCGUGAUGUCUACAUAGCAUUGAAGAGCAAAUAUAUCCAACAAGCCAUUCUUACGAAUUCUGCCGCUCCAACAGUGGAAGAAAGUAGUGGGUGA